AUGUCAUUCCAGCAAUCCUCCGCCAUGGAGUCGCAGCCGACGAACUGGCGCCGCGAAGACGACCCAGAGUACGCCGACGACCCCGAAUUCCGCCAGUUCACCCAGGAGCUCUCGGACAAGCUCUUCUCGCUCACGUCGAACAUCUCGAGGCUAUCGUCGCAAGUUGCGCUUCUAGGGACGCGGCGGGAGACGGAGCGCGUGCGUGAGCGGGUCCACGAUCUUAUCGACGAGACGUCGAAUGCCUUCAAAGAGAUCGGAGAGGGGUUGAAGAAGGUUGGGACCUGGCACGAUGUCGGGCCCUCCCAAAAAUUCACCCAAACAAAACUAAACCGCGAAUUCAAAGCCUCGCUGACCGAGUUCCAAAUCCUGCAACGCCAAGCCAUCGAAAAAGAGCGCGCCGCCAGCACUGCCGCCCGCGCCGCGCUCGACUCCGAAUCCCCCACCUCCCCCUCCGCCACAUCCCCCCAACAACAGCAACUCCAGCAGCAAGAACAGCUCCGCCUCGCCUCGCAGGACGAAGUCGACUUCCAAGAAUCGCUAAUCAUCGAGCGCGAGAGCGAGAUCCGCAACAUCGAGCAGUCGGUGGGGGAGCUGAACGAGCUGUUCAGGGACGUAGCGCACAUGGUGCACGAGCAAGGGGAGCAGCUGGAUAUUAUAUCCGAUCAUGUGGAGACGACGCACGAGGCGAGCCAGGGCGCGCAUAAGAAUCUGGUGCAGGCGGCGCGGUAUCAGAAGAAUGCAAGGAGUAAGGCUUGUAUUUUGCUGAUUAUACUCGCGGUUGUGUUAACGAUUAUUAUUUUGGCGGUUGUGGUGGAUUAG